CUGCCAUUUGUCUUCAGCGCCGCGACACUGUUACAGGAGCUACCACAGAUUGCCAAGCACUAGAAGACAUUCCAUUGACAGGCCAGUGGUUGAGCUUCCGCCUCGACGGACGCACCGUGGGAGGCCAUCGUAGAGGAGCUCGAACCACACACGGUUUGGCGUGCUGUUCGUGAACUCAACCUCGUUCACGGGAAUUCAGUCAAUCUACAAGUCAUGGCCCGCGCUUUCCCAAAUCUGCGCCGUCUGCACUUCGAAGCCACGCCUUCCGCGGCUGUGCCAGACAUUGGUCACUGGCGAAAGCUCGAUUUCGUCUCAGCAUCACAUCCUCUCCCUUUGCAGCAUCCGGUUCGACACUUCUUCAUGCGGUGGCAUCUUGAUGCAUAUAGUUACCGCCGACCUGAGGUUGACCAGGCCCUAGAACAUGGUACCAUCACUAUGCUGCAACACAUCCUGCCCGUCGUACUCGAGUGCAGUGCUCACAGGCGCACUUUUACGUGCAUAGCUCGUCAUGCGCCCUCAGUCCGCUGUAUGAGAACCACUGUGGCAGUACCGGUACUCAGUAUAUAUAAUCGCGGUCAUGGACAUGACUGGGGCAGGACAAUUGUGCACAGAUCGACAUCUUCUCGCUCCUCCGAACUCUACCUCUCAAAGGGAUCGCCAUUGUACUCCAGGGACACAGAGCGUGGUUCGAGGCCUCUUACUGGGAGCAGCAUGCUCGCACAAUUGCAGCCUGUAUUCCUACGCUGGAAUACAUUGGGUUGCGCCGGAAGGCCGAUGCCUAUUGGCCUAGCGAUCAUUGGGAUGGUCCGGAGCCAUACCGGUGGUACCAGGUCGUUGAGCGCACCGAGCAGUCGGAGGUGGCUGUAGAGAGCCUGUCGGACGAGGAAGGUGUCCGCAUCCACUCUGCACUCUUCAGCAUGUCCAGAAGUGUUGAAUGAGCUUCAUUCUGAGCUUCAUUCGGGCCAUUGAAUGCAGGUGAAUACGGAAGCCCGAGUCACUCAUGCGUUCAAUAUAGCAUGACUCGGACACACUAGAGUCUGUGUAUUUAAUGGACCUACGAGCAUGUGCUUUAUUCUUUCCGAUAUUUCGAGUGCGAACAUGGA